AUGUUUGCUCAACCAUUUGAUCAUUCAUUUAAUGAUCUGUUUAAUCAGUACGUCAAUAUGGAUUCAUCGAGUACGGACAGCAACAAAGAUGUUUCGUUUCCCAGCGAUUUCGACCAAAUGUUCCCACUCGACUCAUUAUCAAACGACUGUGGCGACCAAUCUCCGCUCAUCUCCAGUACACAGCAGACUCAAGCGCACCACUGGGGCAGAGACGCUUGCUAUCUGUCCGGAAAUGCGACUUGCUCUACGGGGCACGAGAACGCCGUCUUUCAGGAGGAAAGUGUUCAGCCUUCAUCUCUCUUAGAUCUCGGCAUUGAUCUUGAGGCGCCCUCCACUCAACACCCUCCUAUUUCUGCUAUUUCUGAAACCCGCACUCCUUCAACCCCGCCCACAACUCCUAGCCGCAAGGUCAAAGCAAGCCUAUUGACACCCAAGACUAUCCGCCGUCACCGAGAUUCUAAUGAUCGCCGUGGUCUCGUGCGCAAACAGAGCUUCUCCCCCAACUUGAUGCGGUCCUCGCAGGUUCAAAAAAGUACCUGUAGAAUGGCAUAUCCGGAGGCUUGGGCUCAGCGACUCCAGAACUUUGCCAUUCGCAAUUCAAAUGAGUGUCUACCACUAUCACCGCCUCCAUCUGACAUUCUUGUUCAACAAGAGAACAUCUCCACGAAACAGACGCCUGCACAAAUCAAUCCCUCCGUGGCAGAGAUGCCCCAGCAAUUCGAGUCCGGCUACUUCACCCACUCUCCUGCUAUUCCCAUGCCUUCGUCUUCUACUAGUAUCAUGCAAAAUCAGCCGCAGAGAUAUUUGAACCGGUCCAAUACAUCUGCUUUAACGCCAAGUCCCCCUACCGCAGACGACAUCUUCUCCUCCCCCCACUCCUCAGAUCCUCAAUCGAUGUCUUCCUGGAAUUCCGACUCUCUUAGUGCACAAACAUUUCACUUUACGCCUGAACUUCAAAGCCAUGAAGCCCAGGCAUGGUGGUCCCCUAUGCCCUCUGAGGCGGCACAACGCCAGGCUUCAUACCAACAAAUGAUCGCAUCUCCGGCCCCGCAGCGACCGAUCCAGGCAUCUUCGAACAAUGAUCUCCUACAGGGAGGCCUCAUGAUACAAUUAGAUCCUACACCGUUCGAUAUAUCUUCGUCUUUUCCUUCGUCCACCAUCCCAUCAACCAGCCACUCUCGAGACAGCCAAUCCUACAACCAUAGCGCAGCACCUCAGAAAUAUAUUGACUCCGCUUCCUUUACUACACCGAAUAUCCAUAACGGGUCACGUUCACCAUCCCUAUCUCCAAAGACAGGUGCGUCGGCAAAGAAUGGCUCGAUCGUCGGCAAUUCGAUGAACAUGAAGACGGCCUCGCGUCGCCCCCAUCCUCGGAAACUGUCGGGUCAGUCAACGGGCACCCCGAAACCUCUCAAGGGACCCUACAGCCAAUCUAGCAGCCCAAGAGGGGCCAAUAAAUCAGUCGCUGUGUCUUUUGUCAAUUUCACCGCCCAAGACAGCCAGAAGAUCUUGACGGGGGUUGCUCCAAGUGGCAGCUCCAAGACAAAGGCUAGACGGGAGCAGGAAGCCCGCGAGCGACGUCGCAAAAUGAGCGAAGCUGCACUGAAUGCGGUGCGAAAAGCUGGUGGUGAUGUUGAAGCUCUAGAAGCUGUUUUCUGCUGA